AUGAGGAGAGUUCUGCUUUUAAUUGCAGUGCUGAGCGUAAUUUCUCUGAGAGAAACUUCCGGCAAACCGACGGAAAUUGCGACGAGUUCCGACACGCUGAUCCCGGAUCCCGUUGCUCUGACUGGGAGCAGCAAUCUGUCGGGAACAGAUACUAUGCGAAAGCAAAGGUCGCCGCAAUACGGUUUAUUAAGCGAUUAUGGUGACUAUGAUGGUGACUCCGAUUAUGAUGAUAGCUCACGUCAUUUCCUCUCUGGUCACAAACGAAAAUUUCAUAAGCCGCACAAGCCUUUCGGCCUCAUCGGAGGACACGGAUGUCGCGGUUAUGACUGCGGAGGAUACGGCGGGCAUCACCAAGGUGGGCAAGGAGGUUCCUUCGCAACAGCAUCGGCAGGAUCAGUAGGCGGAGGCGAAGGUCCUUACGGCGGUGGACACAGCGAGGCGAACGCGCAGAGCGCAAGCUUCAGCUUCGGCCCGUACUCGGCCACGUUCAGCGUCGCUCAGUCCUCGUCAGGACGCAGAGGACUCUAA